CGCCCGACCCGCCGCCUCGGCGACAUAUAAAGGCGCGCGUCCGCUGCCUCUUCCGUCACAACACAAGCAUCAAGCAAUCGCAAGCAGUCUCACGCAUACGCACACACCACACGUACGCACGUCCGUUUGCAGUAGGUUGAGAGCGAUGGCGUCCAGGCAGCAGGAGAGGUCGGAGCUGGACAGCAUGGCCCGCGAGGGGCAGACCGUCGUCCCCGGCGGCACCGGCGGGAAGUCCGUCGAGGCGCAGGAGAAGCUCGCCGAAGGGCGCAGCCGCGGCGGGCAGACCCGCAAGGAACAGCUCGGGGAGGAAGGGUACAGCGAGAUGGGGCGCAAGGGCGGCCUGAGCACCAACGACGAGUCCGGCGGCGAGCGCGCCGCCAGGGAGGGCGUCGACAUCGACGAGUCCAAGUUCAAGACCAAGUCCUAGAUGAAGAUGGUCUCCGCGCGCCGCUUAGCUAGCGCGCGGAGCAAGCAAGACGACUGCGCUUAGGUUCGCUGUUAGCUUACCUUGCAGAAUAAUGUAGGUCAGAUCCUGACGGUGUGCGCGCAUGUAGGCGAUCAUAUGUAGUGUAUGGUCAUGCGUGCUUCGUAGCUGUAGAGUGUAGGUACUGAUGGUCGGUCAGGUGUCGAAGUGUGUCGUGGGCUCGUGGUGGUCCGCCUCUGCCCCACAGAAGUGUCCCUUGUGUCUGUUGUAUCUUUGCAUCUUCACUAAUGUAGUCGUCGUUGCUGAA